GCUUUCAAAGAAAGCUAAAGGCAUGCUUAAGGAGUCUACCUGUUUGGGGGCUUGGGGGGUUGGGUUUUUAUUUCUCCGGCUGAUAAAAUCUUGAAGCUGAAAGAGCAACUGAGCUUCUCAGAUUAGGUCUCUGGAGAGGGAGGCAAAUGCACAGAGAAUGAUUAGGGAAGGUGAGGGAGACGGUGCAGCAGGAAGGCGGCUUGUACACAGGGCGCCCUCUCCCAGAUCCCUGUGCUGAGAAUGGGACCUGCCGCAUCCUGCCCACCUGGCUGCCUUAGCUUCCUGCCUUGUCCUCUUCCUUUUUCCCACUAAAUCCGGCCACAGAGGACCAUCGCCUGACAUAGCACCUUGCCCUUUGCCAUCUCAGCUACAGCCGUGGGCCACUGGGGCUGAGCCGAAAUCCUAAAGGUCAGGGUGGCAUUCCUCUGGUCCUUGUUGGUACAGCAUGUCUCCACUGCCCAACCAGCCGGACCCGGGCUCCUGGGGACUUAAGUGUGGACCUUUGUGUAGAAGAGAGAGUAUCAUGGUGGCCUUCAAAGGGGUCUGGACUCAAGCUUUCUGGAAGGCAGUCACGGCGGAAUUUCUGGCUAUGCUUAUUUUUGUCCUGCUCAGCCUGGGAUCCACCAUCAACUGGGGUGGAGCAGAAAAGCCCUUACCGGUCGACAUGGUUCUCAUCUCCCUCUGCUUCGGACUCAGCAUCGCAACCAUGGUCCAGUGCUUUGGCCACAUCAGUGGUGGCCACAUCAACCCCGCCGUGACGGUGGCCAUGGUGUGCACGAGGAGGAUUAGCAUUGCCAAGUCCGUCUUCUACAUCACAGCCCAGUGCCUGGGCGCCAUCAUUGGAGCCGGGAUUCUCUAUCUGGUCACGCCUCCCAGUGUGGUGGGAGGCCUGGGAGUCACAACGGUUCAUGGAAAUCUUAGCGCUGGUCACGGUCUCCUGGUGGAGUUGAUAAUCACAUUUCAGUUGGUGUUUACUAUUUUUGCCAGCUGUGAUUCCAAACGGACUGAUGUCACUGGUUCCAUAGCUUUAGCAAUUGGAUUCUCUGUUGCAAUUGGACAUUUAUUUGCAAUCAAUUACACUGGUGCCGGCAUGAACCCCGCCCGAUCCUUUGGACCUGCCGUUAUCAUGGGAAAUUGGGAAAACCACUGGAUAUAUUGGGUUGGACCAAUAAUAGGAGCUGUCCUCGCUGGUGGCCUUUAUGAGUAUGUCUUUUGUCCAGAUGUUGAACUCAAACGUCGUUUUAAAGAAGCCUUCAACAAAGCUGCCCAGCAAACAAAAGGGAGCUACAUGGAGGUGGAGGACAACAGGAGCCAGGUAGAGACCGACGACUUGAUUCUAAAACCUGGAGUGGUGCACGUGAUCGACAUUGAUCGGGGUGAGGAAAAGAAGGGGAAAGACCCAUCCGGAGAGGUGUUGUCUUCAGUAUGACUAGAAGAUAGCACUGAAAGCAGACAAGAGCCCUUAGAAUGCUCCUCAGAUUUUCUUCCGCCCAUUAAGGAAACAGAUUUGUUAUAAAUUAGACAUGUGCAGGUUUGUUGUUUCAUGUCAUAUUACUCAGUCUAGACAGUAAAUAUUUCAUUAUUUACCAAGGAGGAAUGAAAGAAACCUAUCAUGAAUUUCAAAUCUAAAAAAAAAAGAAAAAUCUUUUUGAAGUAUCCCCAAAGCCAAUGUGUAUCUAGUUUAUCUAGUUGCUAUUCAUUAAUAAUCAAUUUAAAAUGUGUAUCAAGAUUUUAUUAAGGCUUGCCUGACAACUUACAGACAUACCUAUCAGCUUACUCCUCCUCUCCCACGAAACCAGUAUUGUCAAUCCUCAUUUGAGUAUUUAUUCUGUUAAAUCAAGUUAAUCAAUGGCAAAACACAGAGUAUGUCAUAGAGUCAUGCACAUUCAAGAGAGCAAAUACAGCAAGCUCUUUUAUAACCAGCUCCCCUAGGUUAAACUACCUCGGCAAAAGAAUAUUAACAAGAGUCAUUGCUAGUGAAUUGUUUUCAUUUAUAUUUCAAAUAUCCAACUUUCAACCCAAACUCCAAUUCAUAAUAUUCCUUCCUCCUCCUCAGUGCCCAAGGUAAUAUGGAACUAAAGCCCAGAAAUUCAAAGAAUGUUCAGAAAUCCUAUAUGUGUUCCACCUAAUAAAACAUCCACAUCAUAAGGCACCUAUUGAGAUUCAGGACAAACAGACUUGUAAGAUCUUAUGGGGGUGGGUGGAAAUUUACCAUCAUACAAAAAUCAUAAGGAAAAAGGAAAUCUGCAUGCUGGUUUCAAAUAGUUGAUCUGUUUUCAGUGCACAUCCUCAAAUAUACCGCAUGAGGUUAACAAUCUAAGCUUUUAACCACUUAACCAUUUUGCUUAUUUUUUUAAUUUAUUGGCAAAACUGGGGGUUUUGUUUGUUUGUCAUUUUGGUUAACUAUAUUUAAACAUUAGCUGAGACAUAUUUUUGAUAGCAAGAACAUAACUAGUUGAGUCCUGACUUUUUGUUAAUUAUUAAGCUCUGCUCGUUCUAGAAGGUGUAAACUGGCCCUGCCAGUCCCAAUCACUGCUACUCUCCCACUUUUCAUGACACUUGUUGAUAAUCUUCAUUGUGCGCGUCAAUAUUUUAAUGAAUUAAAAAUGCAUGAGAGACAAGGAACGACAUGACCGCAAAGUAAAAGGGCGGGGGCAUCAAAACGCUCUGUAUUCAAAGCUGACUAGAUGACCAAUCUUUCAUUUGUAGAGAUACUGUAGGUUUUUUUAAGCAUUUUCAUUACUGACUCAUUUAUUUGUCAAAAUAACUUGUUUUUUUCAUAUACUGCUUUGCCUUCUGUCAGUAAAAUGGUCUCUGGAAACCCCGGUUUCUAUCAUCUUAACUGUCUAGUCCAGCCUUUAUCUUAAAGAGCUGAAAAAGUCAAUUUCACUGAACAAAAGCUAAUAGUAAAGCAAAAUCCUAUCACUGCAAAGAGUGGCUUGUAAAUAGCUAAUAAUCAAGGGCUGUCUUCUCCUACUCACAGUUCCAACUGUGCGCCACUUUUUAGUGUUAACGGCAGUUGCGUGUGUGUGGCAGUGAGAUAAUGGACCACUAUUAAAUCUGAUUGUCUUCGGUGCUAAGAAAGUAAUGAACGAGGUUCCCCGAGAGACAGCACACCAGUGGGGUCCCUGGGAGUCCCCCUGACAUCUUUUUGGCAGGUGCCUAAAUCCCAGGCCCCUUUGAUGGUUGGCCACACCCUCCACCGCUGAGGCACAUUGCUUCCUGUUUGGGGCACCAUCUAUAGGAACUAGGGUGUAUUUCUAAUGAUGGAUCUUUUCAAAUGUUUGCACAAUAUACCCUUAAAGGCUUAAAACUGGGGAUGGUUGAGCUCAAAAGAUAAUGCUAUCAACCAUCAGCAAACAUGUCAGUUCAAAAAUAAGUAAAGUUAGCAAGGAAAAAACGGAAACAUUUUCCAAAUACGCUUACAAUUUACUAGUUUAUGAUCAUUUUUAUUCAGCCAUAUGGUUUACUUCUAAUACCCUCACUUUUAUACUCACUUCAGUUAGAGCAUUCAAUAAGUUAGUGCUGGGGAAAAAAAAAACAAAACCCUCAUGAGUGACGUUUUUGCCAUUUGUUUUCCAGCAACGAGCAGAGUGCCUGGCACAUAGUAGGUAUUCAAAGCAAGUGUGUUAGUUAAGAAGAAAUAUAUAUAUAUAAAUUUCAUUUGUGAUUUAAGGAGAUACAAAAUUUUCUUUUAAUCUUUAUUUUGCUCCAUAUUUAAUAAAAGCAUGAGUUCAAGGACUACUAAGGAAGGCCAUAUAAAUGUAAAAACCAUAAAAUAUAUUUUUGCAUUCUACUCUUUUAGGGGCAUGCAGACAAUGAAAGCUUUUGCACUUUUCUUGCCCUGCAUAUGAGACAACAUAUUUUGUAUUUCACUCAAGGCUCUACCAGUAAAAAGUAAUGAAAUUGUACCUUUCUAAUGACAUCUCUGCAGCAGGGGUCUUUUGCCUUGUGGAUGGCACCAAAUUAUCCAAGUGUAUUAGGAGACUGGGGCUUUUUCCUUUAAUCCCCUCUUAUUAAUGAAGUGCAUGGUGCUGCUCCCAGGAGAGUGCUGCUGACAGAUAUACAGAAAAGAGAUCAGAGAGAAAACACUGGAAGGACAUAAAUGAAUUAUACCCAGCCAGGAAACGAUGCCAGCCGUCUCUUCCCUAAGGAAAAGUACAACAAGCACCCCCCAAAUUGUAAGGUGGUCCCUGCACUGCAAAUGUAUAUAGUUUGUCAAAAGAGUACAAAGGGUAAACGUCACUUUUAAGUUUUCAGGGCUUUCUUUAAAAUUGGGAGCCCAGAAUUUGAAUGUAUGUUUCCGUGAUAGAAGACGACAUUUUCUUCGAAGAGUCCUCAACUUUUACACUGGAAGGAAGUAUUUUCUGGCAUCUAAAUAGUUGCUUAAAUGUAAGAUUCUUACACUUUGUUUCUGCCACUUGAUGUUUUCAUAAAUUCUUAUACUUUCUAUCGUCUGACCCUUUUGCUAAUGCAGUUGGUAGGUGCUGGCUUAAACUGUGGCUCAGUCUUGAAGAUUUUACAAGAUGAGAAAUAUCUCGCUAACAUGUAUGAUGGAAUUAAGCUAUCUAAUUAGUAGAGGUCUGAUUCCAAACAGCACAGAAUAUUCUUCUUAGGUCGUGAAACCAAGCAACUCACGUACCGGUUUAAACUCCAUAAUGAACCAGAAAAUUCCAAAAUAGAAUAGCAAAUUCAAAUGCUAGAAUCAAUCCCAGUGAUCUAUUGUAGCCUGUUGACACUGUCCCCACACGUUGUGAACAUUUGAAAGAGAAAUUGCCUUUGUGAAAGCUGAAGAUGACAGUGCAAGCCCAGCAGACAAACUUAUCAGACAAAAGAAAGCCAAUGUAAAUUCUCAUCAUAAGCAUUAUAGAAUAUGCAAACAGAAUAUUUUAUACUUGAAAGUAAUUUUGUCUUUCCUAAUAUGAUUAUGGCAUCAAAAUUAUUAGAAAGAUGUAUUUACUGUCUGGAAAGUGUAACAUAACAAAACUCACUCUCUUUACCCCAAAUCAUGUUAAUUGCAUUGGUGUUGUAAUACUUUACAGAUCACCCCAAAAUAGCAGUAACUUUUGAAACCCUCUCUAAAAUACAUGGAAGACAUUUAAUUCAGGGCUUAAAAACUGUGGCCACUCACUUUGGCAAAUGACAAUAACCUAUGAAAAUAGAUGUCAAAUAAAUCUUAUACAACCUGUACAGUAAACAUUAAACUUAAGAGCAAUUAUAGUGUUACCUAUGCAUGUUAAAAUCCAAGAGCUAAAAAAUACACUGAAUUUAUAUAACCAAUCGGAAUGUAUUUCUAGAUUCUCUUCAGGAUUAAUUAAAUAAACAUGCAAUUUAUGAAACUAUAUAAACAAUUAUUUAUCACUUUUAUGACCCAAAUCACAAUAAAAUUGUAAUUCAUGAUAAACUAGUGAGAAUAAACUGAACAUAUGGUCAUAUUCACAAUUCUUUAUUAACUGAAAUGUUAUUCCAACGUUAGAGCUAAUGUUAAGGAGAUUGAAACUGUAAUGUUUAAUAUUUGGAAUAAUCUAUUAAAGUCUUAGCAUUGUGGUUGAUUUCCAUGAAUUAUGUUGUAUCUCAUAUUACUAAGCUUGUGCAAAUAAACUGUUUAAUGUU